AAAUCAAUGGUAUAUAUACAUAUUUAUUAUGUCUAAGAGUAAAAUGAGUAGACCAGCAUCUUGUAAAAGCAGAAAGAGUGAAGUAGAUGAAUCUCUUUUUGGUAAAAAUAAGUUGAGAUUAUUAUUAAAUAGGAAGUAAUAAAAGAAAUGAUGUAAAAACUGCUAAGGUGAUUUAGAGUGUUAGAAAAGGAGAUACAUCAAAUCCAGAUGUUGUUUUAAUAGGAGAAGCAGAAUUAUAGAGAAUGAAAGUUGAUUUCAUCUUUAUUUGUAGAAUAAUGCUAUAGUAAAAACUAAGGAUGAACAAUUACAUUAAAAGAAAUUACUAGAAGAACAAAAAGAAAAGUAAAUGACAGCUGCAAAAGCUAAGAAACAAAAGAUGAUAUAAUUAGAAGAAGAGAAAAAAAAAUAAAUACCUUUAACAGCCCAAUAAUAAGAAGAUAAAGUUGUUAAAGAUAGUCUUAAUGCUAGAGUAUUAAUCAAUAUAUAUAAAUAAAUAUUAGGCUGCAGAAAUUUUAAAUGAAUAAUUAGAUGAUGUUAAAGAAAUGAAUAAAAUGGUUAUGUAUGCUAAAUGUGUCACUAUCAGAGAUAAAUAAUUAUAAGAAAAGUAAUAAUUGAAAGAAGAAUUUAAAAAUUAAGAAAAAAGAAAAGAUUUAAUGAUGGAAAUUGAAAGAUUGAAAUCAGUUAAAUAUUAUGAGGAAAAAGAUGUUGAACAUAAACAUGAAUUAAAAAUAGGUCAUGGAAUUAUUGUAGAUUAAAUUAAAGAAAGAGAAUUAAUAAGACUAAAAGAAAAGGAAGAAUAAGAAAAAGAAGGAUAAAUUAUGAUUAAAUAAAUUAAAUAAGUACAAAUUGAAGAUCAAUAAAAAAAUCUAAAAAGAAAAGAAAUGCAAAAGAAAUUAUAAGAUGAAAUAUUAGAAGCUAAUUCAAAAGCUAUUGUUGUUAAAGAAAAAAGAAGAUUAGAAGAAAAAGAAGAAGAAGAAAAAAUUGCUAAAUAUAAUUUAGAAAAAGCACAAAAAGAAGCUGAAAUAGUAGAAGAAUAAAGAAGAAUCAAAGAAGAAAAAGAGAGAGAUGUUUAAAGAUUAAGAGAAAUGCAAGAAAAAGCAUAAGAUAGAUAAGCUGAAUUAGAUUUAUUAAGAGCUAAAAGAGCUAUGGAAUAAAAUGAAAGAGAUGCUAGAGAAAAAGAAAGAAAAGAAGCAGAAUUAAGAUAAAAAUUAAAUUCAGAAUUGUAUUAAGCAAGAAAAGUCUAAUAAAAUGAAAAAUAAGAUAAAUUAGAAGAAUAAGUAAUAUUUUUUAUUUUAUCAAUUAAGGCUAGACUUGAAAGAGAUGAAUUCUAAAGAGUUAUUUAAAAAUAAAAGCAAGAAAGAGAAAAUGAACUAAGAUUAUAAUAAGAGAAAGAAUAAAUGGUUAAAAAACAUGCAGAAGAAUUGAGAAAAUAAAUUUCUAUGAAUGAAGAAAAAAGAAAAUAAGAAGAAAGAGAUAAGUAUUAGAAUUUUUAUUAUCAAAAGACUUGAAGAAGGAAAAAAAAUUAGAGAUAAAAUGAUUAAUGAAAAGAAACUAUUAGAAAAUAUUAAAGAUUAAAAAUUAAAAGGACUAAAUGAUAAUACAAUACCUGAUAAAUAUAAAGCGGAAUUAGCAAAAAAGAAAAUUAAUAUUCAGAUAUGA